AUGUGGGGGAGCCAGGGCAGGGGGCUGCUGGACGCCGUUUCACUGCCGCUGGUCGUGGCUGUGGUGUGCUGCGCCCAGAGCGUCAACGAGCCGGGAAACAUGUCGUUUGUCAAAGAAACUGUGGACAAACUGUUGAAAGGAUAUGAUAUUCGUCUCCGGCCAGACUUUGGAGGUCCACCGGUUGCUGUUGGCAUGAGUAUUGAUGUGGCUAGCAUAGACAUGGUAUCAGAAGUUAAUAUGGACUACACACUGACCAUGUACUUCCAGCAGUACUGGAGGGAUAAGAGGCUGGCCUAUGUGGGGAUUCCCCUCAACCUGACACUGGACAACAGAGUAGCUGACCAGCUCUGGGUCCCAGACACAUACUUCCUCAACGAUAAGAAAUCCUUUGUGCACGGGGUUACGGUUAAGAACCGAAUGAUUCGGCUCCACCCGGAUGGAACCGUCCUCUACGGACUCAGAAUCACGACGACGGCGGCCUGCAUGAUGGACCUGAGGCGCUACCCGCUGGACGAACAGAACUGCACUCUGGAGAUUGAAAGUUACGGGUACACCACAGACGACAUAGAGUUCUACUGGAAAGGGGGAGACACGGCUGUUACCGGGGUGACCCGGAUCGAGCUUCCACAGUUCUCUAUAGUCGACUACAAGCUCGUCUCCAGGAACGUGGUCUUCUCCACUGGUGCCUACCCUCGCUUGUCACUGAGCUUCAAGCUAAAGCGAAACAUCGGAUACUUCAUCCUGCAGACGUACAUGCCCUCCAUCCUCAUCACCAUCCUGUCCUGGGUGUCCUUCUGGAUCAAUUAUGACGCCUCAGCUGCCAGAGUGGCUUUAGGGAUCACCACCGUGCUGACCAUGACGACCAUCAACACCCACCUGAGAGAAACCCUCCCCAAGAUCCCCUACGUGAAAGCCAUCGACAUGUACCUGAUGGGCUGCUUCGUGUUUGUUUUCCUGGCGUUGCUGGAGUACGCCUUCGUCAACUACAUCUUCUUCGGACGCGGUCCGCAGAUGCAGAAGAAACUGGCUCUGAAGGCGAUGAAGGCAAAUAAUGAGCGCGGCAGGUUUGACCAACCCAAGUCCAUUCCGGAGGGAGUCAACUGGAAGACCUCGUCGUCUCUUAAACAGUCCAAUCAGGUUCAGAGCCGCCGUCACUCGCGUCAGGUCGACUCCCACGGGAACAUUCUGCUGACGUCCUUGGAGAUCCACAACGAGGUGGGGAGGAACGAGGUCACCACCACCCUGAGCGAGACGCACAACUCCACCUCCAUGACGUUCGACAACUCGGGGGUCCAGUACAGGAAGCCCAGCGCGCCCAACGAAGCGGGCCGCCACAGCCUGGACAGGAACGCGCAGUUCAAAAAAACCCGCCUGCGGAGACGAUCGUCGCAGCUCAAAAUCAAAAUCCCCGACCUCACCGACGUGAACGCCAUCGACAGGUGGUCGCGGAUUAUAUUCCCCUCCGCCUUCUCCCUAUUCAACAUCAUCUAUUGGCUUUAUUACGCCCAUUAACACACUGUGGUUUUGUUUUGUUUUUCUUGUUUGUUUUUUUUUUAAACCCAUCUUUGUCUCGGUCCGCUUCUGGAAUCGGAGGGAACGUUUUGAUGCAACUCCCCUAACGUGGUAAAAAUCCCAAACAUUUCUGGGCGUAGCGAGUGCAGACUUUGGCCGAGAGAGCCGCCACUCAGACUGCGCGACGUCACGUGGGUUUUUACCGGGGGAUAAUAAAAAAAAAAAGACUUGCGUGUACAGACCGCCACCUUCUGCUGUGACUCUGUGAACAGCUGGGAGACGAAACAUCUUUGCACCGCUGGAGAUGCUGUUGCUAGGACACCGGUGUUUUUAAUGUGAUCGCAUUAUCGCAGGUCUCUUUAUAACAAUGAUGAGGCUUUGUGUGUCUACAAGUCUUCACUUUGGCUAAUGUGGACACUCGGAUUUCUACCUGCAGACUAAAAUCUGUCUUAAUCUUUGGAUGUUUUGGAGAAAUAUUGUGGUUUUUAGCUCAGUACAAGUGAAAUCCCGUCUAGUGAAGUCACUGAUGAGUCUUACAGUGCCUUGCAAAAGGAUUUAAACCCCUCGAAUGUUUCCACAUUUUAUCACAUUUUAACCACAGAGUCGAAUGUGUCAAUAUUUAUUUUAUGUGAUAGACCAACAUGCACAAAAUUAUAACAUUUUAGGGGUGAGAAAAACAAUUUUGAAAAUCUACAUGAUUCCAUUGUUGCUCUGGCUGAAUGUUUUAGGUCAAAGUCCUACUGGAGGGUGAACCGCUUUUCCAAUUUCAAAUUUUCUGUAGCUUUAAACAGAUUUUCUUUUUUUUUUUCAGGAUUGGCAUCCAGAUAAUCUCGUAUGCAGUUCCUUGGUGUUCAUGACGCUGUUCAUUCUCUAACAAACUUCUUCACGGAACAGCUGGAUUCAUACUGAAAUUAAAUUACACACACAUGGUUUCUGUUUACUAACCAAGACUCCCGGUUAGACUGUACUCCAAUUUCGUUUAGGGCAUUAGUGUGUCGAUCUAUCACAUAAAGUCCCAAUAAAAUCAAAUAACGUUUGAGUUUGGCAUGUGAUAAAAGGUGAGAAGUUCAGGGAAGUUUGAACGCUUCUGCAAGGAAAGGAGAGCCAGCAGCUUGUUACGUAAAAACUAGAAUCGGGUGAGAGUCGGCGACAACGUUGCCAAAGAUCCAAACGUCUGGCGUUGCUUUGCUUUGGAGUUUAUAUCACUAAGCGGUUCUCUUGCUCUUUAGCUCGCUGGGACCUCUGCAAACUUUCUGAAAUGCAAUGUACCAGGGUAAAAGCAUAUUCAUUGUUACAUGUUACUUCACCUUAAAAUUCCUACUGUUGUUACUGCAAGAAAGGGCGAUCACAGCCAGCACAUUACUGACUCCUACUUUUCUUAUUCUCAGCCCAUCAGACAAAGAAAGCUUGGAAAUAUGUUUACAUAAAAAAAAUUACAGAUGAUGGAUUAUCUGUGUGAAAAACCCCUUAGGUUUAAUUUGGUCUGUCUUACCUGAAACAAUUGAUGUCAUUAUGUAUUUGAUGCUAACUUACACUAUAUAACAUGUUUGUUCAACACCUGGCAAAGUAUAGCCUAUGUUUUUGCUUUGUGUAACAUACAACAUACAACUGGAAAGGUAAGGUAUUCAUUAUCGAAGGAAUGCCAAGCCAAUAACAACCAAAAUGUUUAGCUAAAUGCAACUGGCAUAUAUCAUUGCCAACAUUAGAAUAUACAGUAAAUAUAAAU